AUGGCUGCCAUGUGGACGUUGCUCUCAGUCUUUCUUUGUAUCUCAACAGUCCGGGGUGAGGAUGAGACGUGUGCCACUUGCGGCCAGUCUCCUCCUGCCCACUCAGCAGCUCUGUUGCAAAGCUCAGUCCAGCGCAACUCCAAGACUGCAGCAGGACCACACGUCUUCAGCCCCGCACAGCUGUUUGGGCCAGGGCCAAUGGGUCGCCACGUGUCGCAGACGCAGAUGGGGCGCAUGGGACCUCGGAUGGGCCCACAUCCCCAUCAGCGCAUGAGCCAGCCACACUUCAGUUUCGAACAGCGCCGUGCUGGUGGGCAGAGCAAGGGUGAAAGCCUCUACGGCGGUGCGGUGCUAACCCCGUGCCAAGACCCAAGUGCCUGGACUCCUGAAAAGGAUGUCUAUGGCUGGUGUGACAUGUACUCCAUGCCAGUUCAGCCUGAUGCAGCAACCUGCGAUGCUGGCGAUGGGUGCAGGUAUUCUUAUGGAUACUGCUACUGUGACAAGAAGGAGGGUUGCAAUGCAGUCGGUGGCACUUGGAAUGGAUAUACAUGCAGGGAAGAAAUGGAAAACAUGUUUCCAGACUACUUGGAGAAGAUCCGCGAAGCAGCAGCUGCUGGCACUUGUGAAGGCAAAGAUCAUUAUGGCUACGGGGUCAAGGACAUGGUUGCGUACCCUGCAAUGAUGUGCUGCACCGACUACCCUUCCACCAUGUGCGAGCACAACGUGCAGCCCAUGACUCCUUGCAAGAGCGAAGCAGAGUUUCUGCCUGAUGCCUAUGCCUGGGCCUACUGCGACCUGUCAGCUACCAACCCUCCCAAGGAAACGUGUGACGCAACCCCAGACUGCAAAGAGGAAUGGGGCUGGUGCAACUGCCAAAGCAAGGCAUCUUGCGAACUCUUGGGGGGCUAUUUCCAGGGUGGCACUUGCAAGGAUGAGAUGAAGUGGUGGAAUCCUGGUGAUCACAAAGGUGUGAAGGAAGCACUCGACAAGGGGACCUGUGCAGGAGUGGAGGGAGCCUGGGGUGACAUCAAGUACCAGGUGGACUGGAUCGGACAUCUCUGCUGUGCCUCGAAAAAGUCCGUCUGUGAGGAGUUGGAUCAUUACGACUCCGGAUACUCCAGUACUGGGAUGUACUGA